AUGGAGACGGCGGAGAAGGAGUGCGGCGCCCUGGGCGGGCUCUUCCAGGCCAUCGUCAACGACAUGAAGAGCUCCUAUCCCAUCUGGGAGGAUUUCAACUCCAAGGCCACAAAGCUGCAUUCCCAACUGAGGACCACCGUGUUAGCUGCCGUGGCCUUCUUGGAUGCCUUCCAGAAAGUGGCUGACAUGGCCACCAACACCCGAGGGGCUACGCGGGACAUCGGCUCCGCGCUCACACGCAUGUGCAUGCGUCACCGCAGCAUCGAGACCAAGCUGCGGCAGUUCACCAACGCGCUGCUGGAGAGCCUCAUCAACCCACUGCAGGAGCGCAUCGAGGACUGGAAGAAGGCGGCCAACCAGCUGGACAAGGACCACGCGAAAGAGUACAAGCGAGCCCGGCAUGAAAUUAAGAAGAAGUCGUCAGACACACUGAAAUUGCAGAAGAAGGCCCGAAAAGAACUACUUGGGAAAGGUGACCUGCAGCCACAACUGGACAGCGCCCUGCAGGAUGUCAACGACAUGUACCUGCUGCUGGAGGAGACGGAGAAGCAGGCCGUGCGUCGGGCGCUGAUUGAGGAACGCGGCCGCUUCUGUUCCUUCAUCACCUUCCUGCAGCCCGUCGUGAACGGUGAGCUGACCAUGCUGGGCGAGAUCACCCACCUGCAGGGCAUCAUCGACGACCUGGUGGUACUGACCGCAGAGCCCCACAAGCUACCCCCCGCCAGCGAGCAGGUGAUCAAGGACCUGAAGGGCUCCGACUACAGCUGGUCCUACCAGACCCCGCCCUCAUCACCCAGCAGCUCCAGCUCCCGCAAGUCCAGCAUGUGCAGUGCCCCAAGCAGCGGUAGCAGUGCCAAGGGUGGCGGAACCCCAUGGCCUGGGGGUGCCCAAACAUACUCACCCAGUUCCACCUGUCGCUACCGCAGCCUGGCACAGCCAGCCACCGCCACUGCCCGCCUCUCCAGUGUCUCUUCCCAUGACUCUGGCUUCGUCUCCCAGGAUGCAACCUACUCCAAGCCCCCCUCACCCAUGCCUUCAGACAUCACCAGCCAGAAGUCCUCCAGCUCUGCGUCUUCCGAGGCCUCGGAAACCUGCCAGUCGGUUAGCGAGUGCAGCUCUCCCACCUCGGACUGGACCAAGGCUGGCCCCCACGAGCAGCCCUCAGGCACCACCCUGCAGCGCAGGAAGGACAGGGUGGAGCUCCUCCGAGACACGGAACCAGGCCUGGCCAGCGGAAGUGGCCUAGGCCCUGGUGGAGAGGAGGCACCACGGCCCCGGAUGUCCCCUGCCACCAUUGCAGCCAAGCACGGGGAGGAGGUGUCCCCAGCAGCCAGCGACCUGGCCAUGGUCCUAACUCGCGGACUGAGCCUGGAGCACCAGAAGAGCAGCCGAGACUCGCUGCAGUACUCCAGCGGCUACAGCACCCAGACUACCACGCCCUCGUGCUCAGAGGACACCAUCCCCUCCCAAGGCUCCGACUACGACUGCUACUCAGUGAAUGGGGAUGCCGACAGCGAGGGUCCACCCGAGUUCGACAAGUCCUCCACCAUCCCACGCAACAGCAACAUCGCCCAGAACUACCGCCGCCUAAUCCAGACCAAGCGCCCGGCCUCCACAGCUGGCCUGCCCACGGCGGGGCUGCCCACAGGCGCACCCCCUGGCGUGGCCACCAUCCGCCGCACGCCCUCCACCAAACCCACGGUGCGGCGCGCACUGUCCAGCGCCGGCCCCAUCCCCAUCCGGCCACCCAUCGUCCCUGUAAAGACACCUACGGUGCCCGACUCCCCUGGCUACGUGGGGCCCACACGGGCGGGCAGUGAGGAAUGUGUGUUCUACACCGACGAGGCUGCCUCGCCCCUGGCACCGGACCUUGCCAAGGCCUCGCCGAAGCGGCUCAGCCUGCCCAACACAGCCUGGGGUAGCCCAUCCCCCGAGGCAACUGGCUACCCGGGGACAGGGGUCGGGCUGGCAGCCGAGGACGACGACGAGCAGCGGCUGGCCGCCAACCGGCACAGCCUGGUAGAGAAGCUCGGGGAGCUGGUGGCAGGUGCCCACGCCCUGGGUGAGGGCCAGUUCCCCUUCCCCACAGCCCUGUCGGCCACGCCCACAGAGGAGACCCCUACCCCUCCCCCGGCCGCCACCAGUGACCCUCCAGCUGAAGACAUGCUGGUGGCCAUUCGGCGCGGGGUCCGGCUGCGCAGGACCGUCACCAACGACAGGUCGGCUCCCCGCAUCUUAUGAUGGCACCACCUACCUGCCCUCUCGGGCCCUGUGCAAGCUGGUGGCCUGGUCUGUGAGCAGCUGCUGGCCACCCAGAGUGGAGGCAUAGCCAGGGUAGAGGACAGAACCCGGGAGAGGCAAAGCCACCUGACAGAACCAGACACCCAGCUAGGACUUGGGCAUCUCAGCAGGAAGUGACUUCAACAAACCUUGCCAAGUCCGAGCCACAGGCCUCGAACUGGUUGUGGAGCCUGUUUUCUAUUCUCCUUGCCGCCUCUGUCCCUCCAUGCCCUCCGUGCAGGCCCUGCCUGUCCCAUCCUCCAGUGAGCGCAUGGGACCAGCCAGCGGUCCUCACCAUCCCAGUCCUGCCCGGCCUGGGGUGCACACACAGGCCAGCCGCUCCCCAAGGGCCGGCUGCCCCUUCCCCACUAGGACUGCACUCGCCUCCCCUUCUGCCCCUCUGCCUGCCCAGGGCCUCCCCACCUGGGAGAUGAGGGAGGAGCCAGGUGCUCAGUCAGCUGAACCAAUUUCAUGGCUGGGGUUCGGGGAGCAGGUUGGAGGCCGGGGAGCUCAGGGGACCCUAGGGUAGCUUCCCCUCCCCUGUGAGGUGGGACCAACAGGGACAAGAGAUCCCUGGGGUCACAGCUGUUUGCAGGUACCCAGUUUUCAGCUGGGCACAAUACAUGAACAGGUGGCACUUUGGGGUCAGUUUCCGCCACCUCUGGAGGUGGGGGUUGGGGGUAUUUUGACUAUAAUAAAUGGAGCUGGCUCUGGGUGAGGACUGUGGGUACAAGGUGACGGAACAGGGUAUUUGUCUGCCAGUGCCUGAAAGACAGGUGGGCUCGGGACAGGAGCAGAAAGAGGAAAGGGGCUCCCAAAAGCCCGGGGAGCUGUCUCUCUCCGCCCCCAGGGUCCUAAAUAUAGCCAAAAGAAGGGUGGAGUGGGCAAGGUCAGGCCCCAUGGGGCUGGCCUGCCAUGGUGACUGACUGCAGACCCCUGGCAGAAAAGCAAGCCCUGGAAGGCUGGCUUUGACUAUUGCCAGAGGAGAUGCCGCCCCAGGGGAGAAGGUGGCCGGGUGGGGGAGGCGGGAGCAGGGCUCUCACCCACACCUGAGUCACCACGUGAGCAGGAGAAAGCAUGUGAGCCUAGGGCAUGUGGAGGGAUUCCAGGUGGACCUAGAGGUGGGCAGCACAGCAGGGAUCCAAGCAGUGUGUGGGCCACAGGGCAGGGUGUCCGAGCCUGGGGUGGCGCAGAGUUAGAGCCGACCCGGGGCUCAGGUUCAGCCCCCUGGGAGUCCCAUAAACUGGGACUGCAGCAGCACAGCCAGCUGGGUGGAGCUGAGGGGGCAGGAAGCUUCCCCAGGGCUCCCCCAAAGCUCCUGAGCCUCAGUGGCUGGGGGCCAGCAGAGCAGAUGACCCACUGGGCUGGGAAGCCCCAAGGGUGGGAUUUCUGGGCGCACGGUCCUCCCAGGGCUGCCUCAGGGAGUGCCAGGUGGGAUGACUGAGGGGGGUACGGGAUGUGGGGGGAGGCAGUGGGCAGCCCUGGCCUCUGUUCCCACAGGGGUGGCUGGGCCUGGAUGCCCUGUGAGGAAGAGUCCAUGGGGAGUUCAGCACAGCUGUGUGGACCCCCAUCCAGCUCCCUGCAGCCCUCUGAGGCCUCCAAGGCUGUACAUACAUACUCCACCCUUACCUGUUUAGCGAGCACCUCGUAGGCCUGUCCCUGGAUCCGAGCCGAGCCAACCUCCCCACUUCUCAGAUUUUGGUUGGAGGGUGGGAGGGAUUCUUUACUUUCAUUUGCUUUCUCAUUUUGUACAGAGAAAUACUCUUUUCAAAAGCUUCUUUUGCCUGAAGUAACUUUUCUGGUGCUGUUAACUUGUUCCUUUUUUUUAAUUUAUUUUUCUACCCCAGGCUGCACCUCCUGGUUUCUUCUCACCCUGGCCACUGGCCACCCCCUCCAUCCCACCUUGUGUCGUUUUCUUCCUGUUCUGUCAGGUUUUUUGGAUAAAUUCUCUCCUCUCUGCCCCCUUCACUCUGCCCUCCCCUUGAUUGAAGUAGUCACUGCUACAAGUAACAAAUGCACUGUGAAGUUCCCAGUAUUAAUAAAGUUGUACUGUAAUUAACAC